CUCCAUUUCCGCUUUGCUCUUGUUACUUAGCAACGACGAACGCUCGGAGCUCUCUGGUGGCUAGCUUGUGUGCUAGCAGAGCUAGCGGGGCAGAAAGAAAACCCAGACAUGGACGGCGAUGAUUUGGACGAACUUCUGGACGAAGUAGAAAAAAAGUUUUGUCGUAACGUGUCUGUCACGGCUUCAGCUCGCGGGGACUCGAGCGAGGCUGGAAAAUGUAGGAAAGACGCCGCCGUACAGAGAAAACACAGUGCCACAAAACCUGAAGGACCUGUAGGCAGUAUUUCUAAAGAUAUCGACGCCCUUCUGGAAGAAUUACUGGAGGAAGACCAGGGAAAUUCCCCUCAACCAAAGAAUGAACAGUUUCCCAAAGCUGCGCAGGUGGAAAAGAAGCAGCCAUCUCAGUCUGGAGGCAGAAAGUGCUGUCCUGUGUUCCUUGGCGGGAGCUCUGUCGCAAAUGGUGUUGGAACAGCCACAUCCAAGAGGUCCUGUGACCAGUUGAGAUGCAUCUCCUGUGACUUCAGGGUGCUGAUGUUUGAUGACUGUGAGUGGGACUCGUCAUGUGAUUACCUGUUCCUCAGAAACAAUGUGCCGGACCGUCACAAGCUCAGAGCCAAGCUGAAGAAGAGGAGAGGUUUCCGGGCGUACGCCUGCCAGUGCAGCUGGUUCUCCCCCUCGGAGCCGACGGACCUCAGGGACCAGCCUCAGCUCAGAUGGGUCUGUGGAAAACACCGGGACUGACGUUCACUCCUCACUGCUGCAGAAACAACUCACAGACUGAAUCACAGGCCAAAACAGAGACGUUACAGACACACAAACUCCUUCUACUUAUCCUCUCUCUUUCUGUUCAUCUGUCUGAUUUCUGUCUUAAACUCCAUCGAUCCUCUUGACUUUUUGAAGCAGCGGAGACGACAGGGAGUCACAGAGUCCAACCCUGGACAGAAGUAUCUGACUCAGUUACUCAGUGAUUUCCUCUGCUUCUCUGGGGAGUCUUCCACCUCCUCCUGGACGACCCUGAGGUGUUCCCAGAGCAGAUGGGAUGUGUAAUCCCUCCAGAGAGUCCUGGGUCGACCUCGGGGUCUCCUACCAAUUGGACGUCCCAGAAAACCUCUGAAGGAAGGCCCUCCGACAAUCGCCACCUUAAUGUGGUGGAGCGGUUUGGCAGUAGUCCCUGGUAGGGUCUCUCAAGGCAAAUUUAGUCCCAGGUGAGGAACCAGACUAAAGGCCUUUUCACACUGACACAUUUUUUCACACAAUUUUCUUAUUGUCAGCAAAUCCCAUGAAAAGACCAAAACAAAUAAUAUAUGUCUCAAUACUCUCUGACUUUCUGACCCUGUCUGUGCCUCUGCUCCCGGUGAAGCCAUAAAUAUAUCGUUCCACUUGUAAAGAAAAGGCUCAGUAAUUUCCUAAAACAGCUGCUCACUGUAGUUUCUAGUAAACAGAACUGAAACUUGUGGCUGCAGUUUUGCAAAUUUGGUGUAAAAUGUGCUUAAAAUCAAAACACUUUCCUCCUAAAUUAAAUCAUAACGAUACAGUAUUAGUGUUCGUAAAGUUGAGCUGUAAAAGCUCAGUUGUUUGUAAAGUGUAUUUCUGUAUUUUCUUCGUCCUCAGAUGUUCUUGUUUUGUCCACCUAAAACUGUUUAUAAAGAUUAACAACAGCAAAAAGCAGAAAAUCGUACUAUUUCAGAGGCUGAAAGUAGGAAAUAGUUUUGCAUUUUUGCUUGAAAAGUGAUUUUAACGAUUAAAAAAAUGCUGCUAGAUAGUGUUAAUUAUUUGUUAUCCAGUAACGCCCACGUCACUGUAGCUGGAAAGACAGAGAACUUUUUCUUCUCCGCCUCAUACGCAGAUGUCAGUGUGACGUUUGUUUCUGUUUCUGUUAACAAACACUAAUAAAACACUUGAGUCUCUCACCACAGGCA